AUGGCACCUGGGGAUGGUCAUCUCGAUAUUGUGGCCACCAACGAGGGCGAUAAUACUGUGAGCGUCUUGCUCGGGACUGGAGCUGGUAGCUUCGCGGCGCAGGCCACAUACGCUGUGGGCACCCAUCCUUAUAGUGUUGCCGUGGGCGACUUCAAUGGAGACAGCCAUCUCGAUGUCGUGACCUCAAAUAUCGAAAGUAAUAAUGUGAGCGUCUUACUCGGAGAGCCUUGCAGCGCUUAG